AGGGCGUGAGGGAUCCAUUUGCGAAUGGAAGAGUUUAGAGAUUGGUUUUGGUAGUAUAGAUAGAGGAGAGAAAGAGGGAAGUUGGUGAAGGAGAACAACAGAAACAUAUCAUACGAACAAAACCCUUGAAACGACGACAAACAUGGCCGUUUCGAGUUCACACAUGCGUUCCACCUUCGAGUGCCGCUCCGAUCCCGAUUUCUCGCCACCGCCGUCAUUCGACAACCUCCGCCGCCGCAACUUCCGCUCCUCCGCCGGAUCCGGCGCUGCGUUCCACGGCGUCUCCUCCCUCAUCCUCCGCUUCCCUCCCAACUUCCAGCGCCAGCUCAGCACCAAGGCGCGACGCAACUGUAGCAACAUCGGCGUCGCGCAAAUCGUAGCCGCUUCGUGGUCCAAUAACAACGCCAACAAUCCCGCCGCCGGGGCUCCGGCGCCGCCCGCGGUUUCGGCCGCGGACGCUGCCACGGUGCCUCUCCCUGUCGACAUCACCGCUGAGGACGACGCCGUCGCCGCCGCGGCCGAUGAGAACGGGGCUGUACAGUUAAAUCAUAGUUCUUGUUCUUCGUUUUUGAAAUCUGAUGCAAGCAAAACGAUUCAUGCCGCUGAAAGACUGGGUAGAGGUAUUGUGACUGAUGGAAUUACCACUCCUGUGGUGAACACUUCUGCUUACUUCUUUAAGAAAACCGCUGAUCUCAUUGAUUUCAAGGAGAAUCGCCAGGUUAGUUAUGAGUACGGGCGAUAUGGAAAUCCAACGACUGUGGUUCUAGAGGAGAAGAUAAGUGCACUGGAGGGGGCCGAAUCAACUGUGAUAAUGGCAUCUGGGAUGUGUGCUAGCAUAGUCCUAUUUCUGGCACUGAUUCCAGCUGGUGGACAUCUUGUGACCACUACAGAUUGUUAUAGGAAGACUAGGAUAUUCAUAGAGACAUUUCUUCCAAAGAUGGGGAUCUCGACCACUGUAAUUGAUCCAGCAGAUGUUGGAGCUUUAGAAACUGCACUGGAGCAGCACAAUGUGUCUCUGUUCUUUACUGAGUCUCCUACCAAUCCAUUCCUCAGAUGUGUUGACAUUAAGCUGGUUUCAGAGCUUUGCCACAAGAAGGGGACUUUACUCUGCAUUGAUGGUACAUUUGCAACACCUUUGAACCAGAAGGCCCUUGCCCUUGGUGCUGAUCUGAUUCUGCACUCCUUAACAAAAUACAUGGGUGGACAUCAUGAUGUCCUUGGCGGUUGCAUAAGUGGUUCAACUAAGGUGGUUUCACAAAUUCGGACUUUUCACCAUAUUUUGGGCGGUACACUUAACCCGAAUGCUGCAUACCUAUUAAUCAGAGGCAUGAAAACGCUGCAUCUUCGUGUACAGCAGCAGAAUUCAACUGGAAUGGGGAUGGCCAAAAUUUUAGAGGCACAUCCCAAGGUGAAGCGGGUCUAUUAUCCAGGCUUGCCGAGUCAUCCCGAACAUGAGCUUGCCAAGAGGCAGAUGACUGGUUUCGGUGGUGUUGUCAGUUUUGAGAUCGAUGGAGACCUACAUACCACAAUAAAAUUUGUUGAUUCCCUGAAAAUCCCAUAUAUUGCGGCCUCGUUUGGUGGCUGUGAGAGCAUUGUGGAUCAACCUGCUAUUUUGUCUUACUGGGAUCUUCCUCAGUCAGAAAGGGCUAAGUAUAAGAUUCAUGACAACUUGGUUCGCUUCAGCUUUGGAGUUGAAGAUUUUGAGGAUUUGAAGGCUGAUGUCCUGCAGGCUCUGGAAGCUAUAUAGUUCAGUUUUCCUGAUUCACCCAAGUUAUUUUAUAAUCGUGCUAUUCUGUUUCUUUUUGUCAUCACGUCUGGCGAUUUAAUUCAAUUUUGAUCGUCUAGUGUUCUGUUGAUCUUGUGUUAAGAUGAUUUGUCUCUGAUUUCGAUGUUAUGAACCUUAUGCAUUAUUGAAAUUAAAAGUCUAUUUGAUGUC